AUGUCUAAACAAAAAGCAGUCUCAGAGACGCCACCUUCACCGGUCUAUAUAUUUCGGGGGCAUGUAGAACAAAUUAAUAGUUUAGAGUUCAUUGAAAAUAAUAGAUAUCUUAUUUCAGGAGAUGCGGGAGGAAAUGUUAUUAUAUGGGAUAUGAUUUCGAGGCGUUCGAAAAUCCAAUUUAAAGCACAUAAUGAUGGAAUUUUGAGUAUUGUAAAAUUUAAAGAUAAAUUGAUCAGUCAUGGCCGGGAUAAUACUUUACAUGUUUGGGCGUUUGGUCAAUUGUCAAAUGCUAAGGACGAAAGUAUUAAAGAAGAAUCAAUAAAAUCUGAAAUAAGUUUAACAGAUAUGAAUUUUGGUAAAGAUUCGGUUUUAAUACAAGUUUUUUAUGUAGAAAUUAAUGAUAAACGUGAUGAACUUUUUAUAGCAGUACCUAGUGCCAAAGGUUCUUCUGGUAUUGAUAUAUGGAAUUUAACGAAUCAAAAAUUAAUCGUGUCUUCAAUUGGGCUCGAUCAAAAUCGCAAAACUGGUUACUGCAUGGCCAUAAAAAUUUUUCCAAAUAAUAAUUUUCAGAAUAUUCAAUCUGUUACUAAAAAUUAUUUAAUAUUAGCGGCCUAUGAAAAUGGUAGUGUUAGUUUAUGGUCAAUUACUAUUAAUAUUAAUGAUUCAGUGUCGAAUGAAGAUAAUGUUGUCGUUGAAAAAUUGUGGGAUCGAAAGGAACACGGAGAAAGUGUUUUAAGUAUAGAUCUCUCACCUAAUAAGCAAUUCGCGAUGUCAACUUCUGGAGAUAAUAAAAUUGUGAAAUAUAAUUUUGAUGAGGGAUUUAGAGAAGAACCAUUGAUCCAAAGUACUACUGUAAAAUACGCCGGUGUUGCAGAAGUCAAAAUUCGAUCUGAUGGGAAGAUUUUUGCAACUGCUGGAUGGGAUACAAUGUGUGUCAUCGCUGUAAUCUUUUAUAAAACUAUAUAUAAUGAAUUAUGGGUAUCAAAUUUUCAACUAAUUAUACAAAAUUUUUUACGUAAAAGGAUACGUGUCUUUUCUUCUAAAUCUUUAAAACCACUGGCAAUAUUAUCUUAUCAUCGAGAGAGCGUUUAUGCAUUAGCUUUCUCUUGCAUUUUACCAUUGGACGAACAAGAUCAUGAUAAAUCUAUAGAGGAAGAGAAAGAUCUUGGAAGCGAGGAAAGGAUAGAGAAACACUAUUUAGUUGGAGGUGGGAAAGAUCAAAGGAUCAGUUUAUGGGAAAUUUAUUAA